ACCAGUUCCACGUCCAGCUCAAGAGCACAGAUAGGGUGUAUCACUCUCCAAGAGCUGCUAGGUAUCGACUGAGCUGCUCAAUUAAGCACUCUAGAGGCUCCGAGGCUCUGAUACCCCACCAUGACCUCUCAGGAUGUAGAUCGCAUCUGCCGCACUCACGUUUCGACUGGAGACUUGGACCCCCCCGCUGAUCUGCUGCUCGCUCUCAACGAUGGAUCAAUCAUCUUGUCCUCCGUCGUCAAAGCUCUCGGCGAAUUCCUGACAUCCGAGGAAAAUGCUGUCCGGUUGAAAGGUCUGACCUUCCUAUCGAACAUUGUCAAACAGAUGUCGCCCGGAAAGAUAAAUAGGGCUGCAACACAAACCCUGACCAACUUCUACACUUCGAAGCUGGACGAGUUCGACGCACUUGUGCCGACACUGGAGACGCUGAUUGUGCUUUCGAAACUGCCAACUUUUGACGAUGAGACAGCGAUCACCGUGUACAAAGCGAUCUCCGAGCAACUGAAUAUGAAGGCAUAUGUUCAAGCUGUACGCCACGCCGUAUACUCUGUCUUGGACUCGCUGAUCGCUCUUCAUCGUAAAGCCCUGAAGAAUCUCGGCGCGGAGUUCCUAGAAAAUUAUGUCAAGCUAGUAGAUGGAGAGAAGGACCCCCGCAACCUGAUGAUGCUUUUUGCAAUGGACAGGGUCAUUCUCCUCGAAUUUGAUGUCGAGCCGAUGAUUGAGGAAUUCUUCGACAUCACCUUUUGCUAUUUUCCCAUAUCAUUCCGACCACCGCCGAACGACCCUUAUGGCAUCACCGCAGAUGAUCUCAAGCUGUCUCUGCGGAGGUGUAUCUCUGCCUCGCCACAUUUCGCCAAAAUGGCCAUACCGCUAUUCUUAGAGAAAUUCUCUACUUCCACUGGGCCGACAAUGAAGGAUCUGAUGCUGUCAAUCGCGGCUUGUCUGCCGACUUAUGGCGCAGCGGCCGUUCAACAACGGGGAAAUGAGCUUUGGGAAGGCAUCAAGGUGGAAGUGCUGUACUCCUCUGACACGUCAAUCGAGGCUGCUGGAUACCAAGCACUAGAGGCAUUGAUCGCCACUAUAUAUCCUACAGCUCAAGAUGUCCCAUCAGGAUUAGCUCAAGAUGUUAUCAAGCAGUGCAUCGAAUUUAUGGAGGAUCCUGAGAAGAGUCAGGCGAUCGCAGCAGUCAAGGCUCUUGCUGCUGUUGUGCGAGCGUCCCCUUCCGCCGGUCCAUACGCCCUCUCUCAAGUCUUGCCCUAUCUGUUCACGAAAUUCAAUCGACCUGCUGUACCGUCUAGUCGAGGCUCCAUCCUCGCUGCCAUCAGUUCACUGCUCGCCGCCGCUCGAUCAGUGUAUGGAGCUCCCAAAGCUAAACGGCAUCAGUCAGACGAACGCAGUCUAUCGCCGUUCCGAGAAACACUGGUCGAUGUACUACGAGAGGGGCUGAGAACAGAGGACCUCAAGCUGCCCGCGGCCAAAGGGACAGUAUCCCUGGUCGAGAUUCCUGGUCUGAUCGGGCGAUCAGAGGUGGAAGAUCUAGUGCGGAGUUUGAAUGACGCCCUUCUGAAUGACAGAGACGAACAAGUCAGAUCGUCAGUCGUCCAGAGCUUGCUCAGCAUAUCCAACUCAUAUUCCGAUAUUGUUGAAAGUACGACACUGCCACUCCUGUUUCACAAUCUUCCCGAUCGAGCACCCAGCACGUCAGAUUCCGACACCAGAGAUCGAUACCGUCGUACACUGAAGUCUCUGACGAGACUGUGUGUGUCCCCGUCCUUUUCUGAAACCCUCUUCAUCCGGAUCCUUACCAAGUUGGAGCUUUUGUCAACGGCACCGAUGAUUGAGAACUCAGACGGUGAUGAUGUUAUGAAUGGCGAAGACGGUGUCGACGAGAGGGAGUGUAAUGUCGCAUACUCUUUCGAGCUACUGAUGUGCCUGGUGGAAGUAGUGGAAGAAAAGAUCGCAUCAAAACAUGCCGAAAUCGCGAAAUACUUUGACAAGAUCAUUCCACGGCUUCAUGGUCUCCUAGUCGGGGCUGCAGCUCCAAGAAUAGGUCUUUCACAGCCUCUGUUUCGGAACCGCCGGAUCUUGUCGCUGGUAGCGGAUCUGACAGAGACAUUGACGCGGGAGCUGAGCAUCGAGCGCCAAUCAAAACAAUUCCUAGACUUUUAUUCCGCUUUUGAGAAGGGCCAAAUAGUCACUAUAUGUCACGAUCCCACUCAGGCCAGAGGUCUGAAUGGAUCACCCUUGAGACAUGGUGCUGCAAGUGCUGAGGGAGAUUUGAUUGCCCUAUACGCUUCCACCGUCUGUAGCCUCAAGGCGGAUGCCGCUGCACCUUACCCUUCUGCCGAUGCCUUCUUCUCCUCCAAAAUACACUGGGCGGUACACGAGGCAAAUAAUAAUUGGCAGCUGAGAUUCGCUCUGUGGAUGAUAACAUUCUUCGUCAACAAGCGAGAAAAGGAGCUUGGAGACUCUCUUGAUAGCAUCUUGGAAGCUGUAUGGGUGAAGGAGGUCGUCGAAACUUCGCUGCCGCUAGAGACGCGAUGUCGAGCCCUGUCCGUUUAUCUUCACACAAUCAAAGGUCUGGUCGUGCUGCGCAGUUCCGUAGCAUACGCUGCGCUCGAACGGGUGAUUGAUGUCCUGAAACUCUCAAGCUUUGAUCCAGCGUUUGUCAACGAGGCGGCGGCAUCAUUCGGUAUCUUAUCAAGCACCGAAAGCCGAGACAAAUCUAGAGAGAAGCACUUAUCCACGAAGUUGUUACACGCACAGAAGUUAUGGAACUACUUGCUGCCGAGGUUGAUAGAAGGUGACCAAGACGCAAAAGGCCGUGAUCGAUUGCCAUACCUCGUAGCCAUAUCCUCCCUCCUUCCUCUAGUCCCAGCCUCACUCUAUCUCUCAGACUUCCCUCGCAUAUUCUCUCUUAUCCUCCGAUCACUACAACUCUCGGAGCCGCGCCAGCGUACUAACGCUGUCUCCGCCCUUAUUGCCAUCCUCGAAACACCAAAUCACUCGACGGCAGUUGACCAAAUUCUGCAUGAGAGAGCGGGAGACAUGGUGACAAGCCUCUUACAGUGUAGCAUAAGGGAUGGGGAAAGCUCAAAGUCAUCGGGAAUCCUGCGAUCCACAGCUUUAAGAUGUUUGGCGAUGAUACCGGAUGUGAUCCGUUUCGAUAUCCUACGGUCGCAGAAGGCGGUGGUCAUACGAGAUCUGGGUCGGACAUUAGAUGAUCCUGUGCGUGCGGUCAGAAAGGAGGCGGUCGAGUGCAGAGCCAAGUGGUUCCGCUACGGUGCAGGUGCAUGAGGACCUGUGAGCCGAAAACUGAUGACUGUAUGAUUGAACACACCCUGCAUGCAUGAGCGCAUAGUUCAUCGAUCGAUGUGUGCGGUACCAGAUCUCCCAGCAGAGGGAUAGAAAUGAGAGGAAUUGAUCAAAAUUCACAGCAUUGGCAGCUGAACGAGCAUUGUAUACCGUCAACGUCCCCUCAGCGGGCUCCUGAUUCUCUACACCGAGCUCAUGCGACCUGACUGCAC